AUGAGAAUUACAGUCAACACUGGCGCUAUUGAAGUUACAUUCACCACCGGCAACUUGAGCGAUACGACACACAAACCUUCAUUACCAGAUGUUGAUGAGUGUCUCCAGGGCGACCCGGGGCCUUGCGGUUACCAUGCCAACUGCACAAAUACACCUGGAUCCUACCUGUGCAGCUGUUUCCGUGGUUACCUGAUGAGUGCGGAAGGAUGUAAAGAUGUAGAUGAGUGUGUGUUAGCUGCAGUAACAGGUCUGCAGGCGUGUGGAAGUGGAGCCGUGUGUACAAACACACCGGGAUCUUUCACCUGCUCGUGUCCGGCGGGAUUCGUGCUGGCGCUCGACGGACACAACUGUGUCGAUGUUGACGAGUGUAAUUUCGAGGAGAGCUGCCGCAGGGAGCUGGGUAACGUGUGUGAGAAUACAGACGGCAGCUACACGUGUGUGUGUCAGGCUGGAUUCAGAGAGCACAGAGCCGCGUGUGUGGAUGUGGACGAGUGUGUGGAGGAGCAGCAUGUGUGUGUCGGCCGGGGCGAGUGUGAGAACACACUGGGCAGUUACAGGUGUGUGUGUCAGCGCGGUUACCGUGGCAACGGCACACACUGCACAGACAUAAACGAGUGUCUGUCCGGGGAUCACGGCUGUGACGUUAACGCUCGCUGUGGGAACAUCAUCGGCUCGUAUUUCUGCCAGUGUCUUCAGGGAUACAGCGGAGACGGACACUCCUGCUACGAUGUGGAUGAAUGCACUCAGGGUAACAGACUCUGUGAACACGACUGCAUGAAUCAGCCGGGGACGUACAGCUGCGUCUGCAGCCCUGGAUACGCAGUCACUGCAGAUCUACACAACUGCACAGAUGUGGACGAGUGUGUGAGCAGUAAUGACACAUGUGAACAGACCUGCAAAAACACAGCGGGUUCCUUUCUCUGCUCGUGUCGACGCGGGUAUCAGCUGCACAUCGAUGGACACAGCUGUGUGGACAUAGACGAGUGUAAACUACAGAACGGAGGCUGUUCUCACGAGUGCACAAACACACCAGGAGGUCAAGAAUGUCACUGUCCCUUCCCUCUGCUGCUGGACCACCGCAACACCACCUGCGUCAAUGUGACCUCAUGUGCCUUGAGGAACGGUGGAUGUGAUCAUACUUGCUCGUUGGGUGCUGAGGGUCGCAUCCAUUGCAGCUGCAGAGCAGGAUGGGAGCUCAGCGCAGACCAAAGAACCUGCAUCGAUGUGGAUGAAUGUGUGAGUUUUAACGGCGGCUGUGAGCAGGUGUGUGUGAAUCACGCUGGCGGUUUUAAUUGCAGCUGUCGCUCGGGCUUCGAGUUGCGUAAAGACGACCCGACUAAAUGCCAUCCUCUGUGUGAACCUGCCUGUCUGAACUCUGGAGUGUGUGUCGCUCCGAACACCUGCGACUGUCCAGCGGGAUAUCCGGGACCAGGAUGCUCGGCCAUGUGUUCUCCACCCUGCGCUUAUGGAGGGUCCUGUAUGAGGUGGAACGUCUGUCUGUGUCGUCCUGGCUGGACGGGUGACGGCUGCCACACAGCCGUGUGUGAGCUGCCGUGUGCGAACGGUGGACGAUGUGUCGCUCCAAACACCUGCCAAUGUCCCUCCGACUACAGCGGGCCACAGUGUCUCACCCCGCUGUGUUCUCCUCCGUGUGUGAAUGGAGGGAGGUGUGUGGACAUCAACACCUGCAGCUGCUCAGACGGAUGGACAGGAGCGCGCUGUCAGAGAGAACCCGUCAGGUGUGUGUCGGCGUGUAGAAACGGUGGUGUGUGUGUGGGACUCAACAGAUGCCAGUGUGUGGAUGGAUUUACUGGAAGCCUCUGUGAGACAGCCGUCACUACGCCGUGUGUUCCUCCCUGUCAGCAUGGUGGCGUCUGCGGGCCUCUGAACACCUGUGUGUGUGUGACGGGGACGAGCGGCAUACGCUGUGAGAAACUCGUGUGUCCCGUCGUGACUACGGUGGUCAGUAUGGCCCGCGCCGUGCGGAAAGGCUUUCGGGAGAGUUACGUGGACCGCUGCGGACCGCUGGGAGUCCAGCUCUGUACUAAAUACAGGAUAAAUCAGGCGCGUGUGUAUCUGCAGGCAUAUAGAGUGGGCUACAAAAUCCAGUGCCCUGAGAAAACAGCAAGAUGAACAACAUCAAGUCUAUUGUAAUGCUCCCAAACACUGAACAGACACACUCACUCAGUGCAUAUUAUAUGAUUGUGUAUACUGGCUUUUGCACAUUGUGCAAGUGUAUUGUUACGGACUAAUAAAGGUAUUUUU